GAGUGCUGGUCCCGGGUCCUCCCCUGCGGAGCCGGCUGUGAGCUGAGGGGUAGGAGGCGAGUUCGGGGAUCACUGAUCCUCUGUAGGCUCCUAGCGGCGUCUAGCCUUGGAACAGCUGCAAAAGCGGCGGGGCCUGGUGUUCUUCCCUUUCUUCCUUGCCACUCUUGAGCUGGCCCUCAAGAUCCAGGGAUCGGCAGGAGAGACCUGAGCCUUGGCGCUAGGAUGGGAAACAGUGCCCUCCGCGCUCAUGUGGAAACCGCGCAGAAAACUGGUGUCUUUCAGCUUAAGGACCGUGGGCUGACCGAGUUCCCCUCAGAGUUGCAGAAGCUGACAAGCAAUCUCAGGACCAUCGACUUGUCCAACAACAAGAUCGAGAGUCUACCGCCUAUGAUUAUAGGGAAGUUCACUCUGCUGAGGAGCCUGUCCUUGAACAACAACAAACUGACUGUCCUUCCUGAUGAGUUAUGCAAUCUGAAAAAACUAGAGACACUAAGCCUAAACAACAAUCACUUGAGAGAGCUGCCAUCUACUUUUGGGCAACUAUCUGCCCUUAAGACCCUGAGCCUCUCUGGGAACCAGCUGAGAGCACUACCAUCCCAACUUUGUAACCUACGGCACCUGGAUGUAGUGGAUCUCUCCAAGAACCAAAUUCGGAGCAUACCUGACACAGUGCAGGAGCUGCAGGUCAUCGAACUCAACCUCAACCAGAACCAGAUAGCUCAGAUCUCAGUGAAGAUAUCUUGCUGUCCUCGCCUUAAAGUUCUUCGUUUGGAGGAGAAUUGUCUUGAGCUCAGUAUGCUUCCACAGAGCAUCCUCAGUGAUUCCCAGAUCUGUCUGCUUGCUGUAGAAGGCAACCUUUUUGAAAUAAAGAAACUUCGAGAACUGGAAGGCUAUGAUAAGUACAUGGAGAGGUUCACAGCCACCAAGAAGAAGUUUGCAUGAUGUUCUCCAGGAGCAUGUGAACCAUACAGGACACUGACUUGGAACCUGUUGCAAUCUGGCUGAAUGAAAGGCUCCUGUUGUUGUCAAGGAUAUCUGCAGUGAGGAGAUGAUAUUCCAGGAGGUUAUAUUUCACUCAAUGAUCUUUUUCCUUUCCAGGGCUCAUCUCAAAUAAGCUAAAGGGAAUCAAACACAGGAACUCUUCCAUUUUGAGUCAUGGAUAGGGCAAAGGACAAUGUUGAUCUUCAAAACCAUCAUUUGUUUGGCUUUGAGAAACCCAGUAGCUAGUUGCUAUGUAUACAGUGAGGGGAUGCUGCCUGGUACCAGAAUAGCUCCACACAACAGCUUGAAAUUUCACGUGUCUCAAUGUGCGAGCUUUCAGAAAAUCAGUUGCCAUUCCACCCUGUGUUGACACUUCAUAUUUUUAUGAAAUUCAAAUAAUUCAUGAGAGGCUGCUAUGAGAGGCUGCUAGGAUUUAUGAUUUUACUCCAGUCCAUUAGUUCAAUUGCAAUGUUUAUACUUGGAAUUUAGGAUGUACAUAAAUGUAUAACUCGUGAUUAAAAGUGUGCUUUGUCAGAGAAGCAACAACACAACACUAAAAGGUGUUCCCAAGGCUGCAGUAGCAAUUUUUUUUUUUUUUACUAUUGCAGGUGCCUUAUUGAUAGAGGGCUCUGAAGAGCUAAAACUGUAUGCAAAACUUGUAAGAUACAAGGGUUUUAAUAAUCAAGAUUUUCCUGAAGCUUUGUCAGAAACAGUCUCUUAUUUCUGGUCAUCUUUUUGUAUUUACAACUCUAAUAAUCAAAUUAGCUAUAAAAAAGCUACUGCUACAGUAUUUUAUAACAACUUAUGUUUAUCAAAUUUAUUCUCUGAAUGAGAGAAUAUACUAAAUAAAGAUUUUUU